UCAAUUGCAUUUCAAUCAGAAACACCAAAGCAGAAACUUCCUUUGCUUUCAGUCACAAUGCUUACAGUGAUAUUCUAUUAUAUCUUUCUAAGAAUGGUCUGUUCAGAAGAAAUUAUCCAGCCCAAGUUCAUUAUAGCAACAGAACAUGAAGAGGCGGCUCUGGAAUGUGUAUACACUUUAGAGGGAAAGCAUAAGAGAGUUACGCUGGACGUGUUGAAGGGUUCUGAUCAGUUCUGCACACCUGUAUCUGUGAGGCAAGCAGAAAAUGACAGUGCUUUUAAUUCAAGUGCUCGUUUCAAUCACUGCGAGGGAAUGGACAAAGGAGAUCGAGUCGUCUUCAAACUCUCAAGCCUACAAGAAAAGGACACUGACAUGUACUAUUGUCAGCUCAAUAUAUUGUAUCCACCUCCUUUUCGCAAUCCAAAGGGAACUGGAACCAUGAUAAUAUUUCAAAGGAAAAACAGUACAGAGACUCUGUGUUCACUUACUUCAGACUCCCUAUUUUGGAUUCUGAUUACAGCAAUUGCAGUAAUCGUUCUAUAUGGUGUGAUCAUCUCCUUGUUGCUUUACAUCACUUGUUACAAAAUACAACAAAACAAGCUCAUCCAAAAUGAAUAUAUGAAUAUGAAACCAAGAGGACUCAAAAACAACAAGCAGCAGGGAGUAUGCCACCCGAGCAGAAAUGGAAGAUACUGAGAAUGCUUCUUUACAUAAAGGCAACUCAGCAGAAUGAAACUCAUCUUGCUACUUAACAAAAAUGAACAGCAACAUGCUACAGCUUCAUGACUACUUUGCAGAAAUGACACACUGAUAUAAUUGUCAGCUGGUCUAAGGGCUGUCAUUGGUCGUUUCUGAAAAAGGGGUAACAUCCAGGUAUGGGCAAGGCCUGGGUAUCAUUCUGACAUUAAGACUGAACUUUUGUUAUAUUUUGGAUCAUUUACCCUGUGUCUUAUAGGUUUUUAUAGAAGAUGAAAGGCCAUGUAACAAUGUAGGCCAAGGAUGAUUUGAAUAUCUUGUUGUAUUGUGAUUGUUUGAACCUGCUCUGAAAAUACAAAAUAUAUGUAUUAAAAUAUAACCAUAAAAGGGAUUUGUGCAUGGAAGGUACCGUCAAAGUCUAAUGUAAAUUGCCAACACAUUUUAAACCAGUUUAGAAAAUAUGAUAAAAAAUAUUCCGUAUGUGAAACUUUAAAAUAUUCAUGUAUAUUGUUGAAUAUAUUUGAACAACAUAGCUUAAAUGUGACAUCCAUACCCCUUGCUGCUGUGAGUAGUAGCAGGAUGGGUUUUUAUUCAUAAAGUGACAGAGUGGGCCAGAAAGCUUUAAAACUGGUAAGCUAACAGCAUCUGGUUUUUAAGGCUACAUAAUGAAAUAAUGGGACACUUCAGCUUUAAGGUUCAAGAUGUUUUUUUUUUAUUUAGUAGUCACCAAUUGUUUUUAUUAUGCUCUCCCAAAUUUGGAAUAAGUCAAUUAUUUUUGGGCUCAGUGUGUCGCUACCACCCCUGUGCUGACUUGGGAGGGUGAAGAUGAACACACACUGUCCUCUGAAGCAUGCAGUCAGCUGACCUCUUCUUUUACAUGCAGCCACCUCAGAGCUACAGCCAGACUACAGCGGUUGCUGGUUGACCUAGGCCCCUCUGCCAAUUGUGCGCAGUCCCCUGGGAACUCCCAAUAGCCUGGAUUUGAACUGGCAACAUCCAGGCUAUGGUGCACAUCCUGCACUCCACGUGGAGUGCCUUUACUGGAUGAGCCACUUGGGAGACCCCUAAGGUUAAUGUGUACAUUAAUGUUAAAGUUAACGUUUUACACACAAAAAAGCAUGGGGCAAAAUAUGACGAGGAAAAACUUGUAUAGAACAUUUUAAAAAUAAGUAUGUGACUACACAUGUAAAUACAUAUUGUAUAUAUUAACCCUUUUUAAGAAAUGAAAGUAAAUGUGGAUAAAAUAUGCUCUCUUUACUUUUCAUUUGGUCAUAUUAUUGUAUUUUGUGUAAUAUGGCCUAUAAAAAGUGAAACCCUAUUAUAAAAGCUAAAUUAA